AUGGCAAAUGCUAUUGAUUUUUUAAUCACUAAUAUAAUGGAUAGUAUUAUUCUCCCAUUACAAAAUAACAAUGCUACCUCAGAUGACUUUGAAGUCAAACAACAAACUGAACUUAUGUAUGAAAAUAAUACGAUAUGGAGAGCCGUAUUUAAUGCAGACAAAAUUGCAAUGGAUAAUCUUAUUGAUGCUGAUCCUGAUCUUAUUAAUGAAAGAGGAGCUGUUGGCGAGUGUCCUAUUCAUUUGCUAUUUCUAGAUGGAACAGAUACAUAUUUGGAAAUUGCUCGAGAUCUUAUUCUACGAUUUCCAACCAUCGUAACGCAAAUUUAUAAUAAAUUAAAAUAUUAUGGUGAGAAUAUUCUCCAUAUUGCAAUUGUUAAACGGAAUUCAACUAUGGUUGAAUGGUUACUUAGUAAUGAUCAUUUAGAGCCCUAUCGUCAACAAUUAUUGGCAGCAAGAGCUACCGGUAGCUUCUUUAACAUAGGUGAAGUAUGUUAUUAUGGUGAAACUCCAUUAGGAUUUGCAUGUUGUACCAAUCAAUGGGAUAUUGUUGAAAUCUUACUCAAAUAUGGUGCUGACAUGAAUGUGAUGGACAGUAAUGGUAAUACCAUACUGCAUACCCUUGUUAUUUGCAAUUUACCCGAAAUUUAUGCUAAAUUCAAAGCUCGUUGGAUAGAACAACAUACUAUUCUUAAUGACAAAGAAAUAACUGACUUAAAAUCAACAGAACCACCAAAACUAUGGAAUCGUUUAAAUAAAGAUGGUUUGACACCAUUGACUCUAGCAGCUGAUUUAGGUCAAGCUAAAAUGUUAUCAUGGUUACUAGACGAACGGAAAAGAAUACAAUGGUCUUAUGGUAAUGUUUCAUGUGUAUUACAUUCUCUCGAUCAACUUGAUAUGGAUUUUCAUCAAGAUAGUAAAGAACAACCUCUUAGUGUACUUGAGAUAAUGAUUAAAAAAAAUGAUACUGAAUUAAUAAGCCCUAUUAUUAUAUCUUUAAUUGACAAAAAAUGGACAUCUUUUGCUUAUCGAAUACUUGUUCAACAAUUUCUCGUUACAUGUCUCUAUCUUCUGAUUUUUCUUGCCACAACAAUUUUACGACCAACAACAUCAGAAAAAACAGCAGAUGAACUCGAUGACAAAACAGAAAUAACAACCGACAAACAUUUGAGUGUUUUUAAUCAAUCACUCUAUGCAGUUGGUCAUACCAUUGUAAUAAUAGGUGCUGCAUGGCGAAGUGCACAUGAAAUAAACGAAAUUCGUAGGUUGGGUUUCUGGAAUUACUGGAACAUUACAGGAUCUAUUUUUCUUGAAAAGUUUUUGUCAUGUUCAUUUUGUUUUUGUACUUUUACUGGCGAAAUUCUUCGUCUAUUUGGAAUGCAACAACAUGAAACUCAGAUACUUGCUUUUACUUCUCUUGUUGGAUGGGGCUAUAUGUUUUUUUUUAUUAUGCCAUUUCAAUUUACUGGUCCAUUUGUUAUUAUGAUUUAUAAAAUGUUAUUCAAUGAUGUUCUUCGUUUUUUUAUAAUAUAUAUAAUUUUUCUAGCUGGUUUUGCACAAUCUUUUUUUAUUUUAUUCAAUGGAAAUGGUUUGCAAGGUUAUAUGACAAGUAUCAAACGAUGUUUUUUGGGUUUAUUGGGUGAUUUUGACCUUGAUUAUUAUAUUGGAGGAGAAUAUCCAUUGGCGAGUGUUAUAUUACUUAUCUUCUAUAUUGUACUUAUUACUAUUCUUUUGUUAAACUUACUGAUUGCUAUGAUGGGUGAUACAUACGCAAGUGUAAAAAAAAGUGCCAAACAAUUAUGGCACUUAGAACGAGCACGUAUUGCACUUCGUAUUGAAAAUGACAUGGCAAGAUCUAAACACCCGUUAGGUUUCAAAAAAUAUUGGGUAAAUAUAAAUGGUGAGCGUUGUAUACAAGUGGAAGAAAAAGUAAAUAAUCAACAAUUUCAAUCUACAGACGACGAAGCAAAUGAUGACUAA